GUAAAAUUACAGUAGGGAGACUCCCCACAAUCUUAUUAAAUAAUUUUGAUAUACUUAAAUGUGUUUGGCAAAAGUAGGUUUUUAGUAAACGAGCGGAUGUUCCUACAUUAUAUUUCAAAUUACUAAUAUUUAGGCCAACAAUUUGAUAUCACCUGGAUAUCACGGGCUCUUGGUCUAAUGCAAACAAAUCCAAGGGAACUCAAUACAAACAGAGACGUUUUGAAAUAUAUUACAAUGUAUCAUGAUCCAGUUUUCUUGUUAGAGUGUCUUAGACAAAACAACUAGUUCAUAAACCAUCAGAAUUUUUUAUAUAGAAACACAAAUUAGAAAAAUCCUUCUUUUCUGCAUCUAAAAAUUAAUGUAUAGUGACAAAACAACAAUGACGUUGACACGGUUGAAUAAAUGGCAAAUAUAUUAGGUGUAUGCAUAUAUAGCAAAUUUAUGUAGAAAAUGAAUAGAUACAACAUCUUACACCAACUAGGCGAUGGUACCUACGGAUCUGUUGUACUCGGACAAAGAAAGGACACAGGAGAAAAGGUGGCAAUCAAGAAAAUGAAGAGAAAAUACUACAGUUGGGAUGAGGCUAUGAAUUUAAGAGAAGUGAAAUCUUUGAAGAAACUCCAUCACUCCAACGUGGUUAAACUAAAAGAAGUUAUCCGAGAAAACGAUGUAUUGUAUUUCGUGUUUGAAUAUAUGCAAGAGAAUUUGUACCAACUAAUUAAAGAUAGAAGAGUUCCUUAUCCAGAAGCUACUGUCAGAAAUAUGCUUUAUCAGAUUUUACAAGGAUUAGCUUUCAUACACCGUCACGGAUUUUUUCACAGGGAUAUGAAGCCCGAAAAUAUUCUAUGUUCUGGACCUGACUUAGUUAAAAUAGCGGAUUUUGGGCUAGUAAGAGAAAUAAGAUCUAGGCCACCAUAUACUGAUUAUGUAUCAACUAGAUGGUAUAGAGCCCCAGAAGUUUUGCUUCAUUCAACAACCUACAGCAGUCCAAUUGACUUAUGGGCUGUAGGCUGUAUAGCUGCUGAAAUCUACACCUACAGACCCCUAUUUCCUGGUACAACAGAAACUGACCAGCUUUAUAAAAUAUGCGCUAUUAUGGGAACACCUGAUAAGAAAAAAUGGCAAGAUGGUUACCAGCUAGCAGGUGCCGUAGGAUUCAAAUUUCCCUAUUUUUCCAAAACAGCACUAAAUGAAGUAGUUCCACAAGCUAGUAAUGCAGCCAUCAGUCUAAUGGAUCAACUAAUGGAAUGGAAUCCUGCACAUAGGCCAACAGCUCUGGGAGCUUUGAAACAUCAGUACUUUCAGAUUGGCCAGCAUUAUAGUAGUACUACCCGUCACAUACCAAUGCCAAACGCUCUUCAAGAUCACAAUUUACUGAAAAAUUCAUCGAAAAUGCAUUUAAUGCCUCAACCUUCCCAAAUGCAAAUGGUGCAAUCAUCAUCAGGAAUGCAACGCAAUAGUAUGGAAGGAACUGGACUACAAAUUCAAGCCAACGGACAUAAUAUUCUAAAUGAUCGUGCACAAAUGCCUCCAAGUGUGCAAAUUAACAUUCAGUCUUUGAUUAAACCGAUGAAAACGCCUGAAAAACCGCCACCUCAACCAAUAGUGUACUCGUUCGGCCAAUCAGAUUUUGGUAAAAAGAUGAUGGAACAUCCGGAAUAUACAAACAAAUAUUUACCGUCAGUUUUAUCAGGGGUGGCACAAAACAGGAAAAAAAUUAGUUGGGAUUUUGGCGAUGCCGGGAAUUUUGAAUAUCCUGAAGAUGAUUUUGCUGAUAUUUUAGGAAGAAAAAUUAAGUUGCCAAACCAAGAAAAACAAUUAAACAAGGAUUACCCGCAGCAAAAACUGAACCUCAGUCAAUUUAACUUGGAAGACCUUCUGGAACCAUUGGCCAAGGCCAGUGCUGGCACUGCUAGGUCUCAAUACUUGAGUGUUUCCAGAUAUGUAGCUGGACAUCCAGUUUCAGGGACUAGACGGGAAGUCAAUUUUGCGAAUAGUGGGAUUUAUAGAAAGAAGUCAGGAAUUUUAGAAGGAUUAUAUCAAUAUCAAGGAAACGAAUAAAGUAAUAGUUAAUAUUAAUUAUUAGGAAUGCAAAACAAUAAAUUACUUUUAUAAUAAAAAGUCUUGUUAUUCUGUACUGUUGGGCGAACUCGCAAUUGAAACAAUGUGUCAUAGGUAUUACAAAAAUAUUUUAUUUUCUAAACUUAAAAUUACUCUUUCACAGUCAAGCAUAUUAAUAAACAUAAACUCUCUUAUUUUCCACUGAAAUAAAACAUAGAAUUAACAUCAUAUUGAGAUGAGGGUGUAAACUUACUAGCUGCCACUUUUGGCUGAUGCUGAUGCACUUGCUGAAGCAUAAGCUCCCGAAUUAGCUCCCGAAUUAGCGCCCGAACUGCCUCCGCAUCCUCCAGAGCAGCCUCCUGGAGCGCCACCAUAACCUCCAGAGCCCCCAUAACCUCCGUCUCCAUGACCACCUGUAAAAUAUUGAAAAAAUACGCAAAUGAAAACACCCUAGAUGAUAAAAUCCUUUACCACCGCCUCCGCCAUAUUGUCCUGAAGAUGAGCUACUGUAACCACCACUGGAGCCGCCCCCAAAUCCUCCGCCACCACCAUGGCCGGCUCCGCCGCCGCCUCCACUACUAUGGCCAGCUCCGCCGCCUCCAAUAAUAUUUACAGAUCCUAA